UGUAAAGGGAACCCAGAGAAGUAUACCCUUCUCGCAAACCCUAAACCCUAACCAACUUCAGAGGCCAACAAGACUCUCAUCUCAGCCCACUCGAACUCUACAUCCACUGUAACUUCCUCAAGCUCUUUCAAUGGCGGCAGACCAGCCAGGCAUAGCCAAAACCUUCCCAGUGAAACCAAAACUCAAACCCAUUUCCAAAAAAUCAACACCAGAAUCAAAGUAUUGGAAAUCAUUCAAAACCCAACCAACCCAAACCGUAAUCUCCUCCAUAACCUCCCUCUCUUUCUCCCCAAUUUCCCCUCACGAUUUCGCCGCCACCCACUCCGCCACCGUCACAAUCUUCUCCUCCCAAACCCUAGAACCCAAAUCCACCAUCUCCUCCUUCUCCGACACCGCCACCUCCGCCUCCUUCCGCUCCGACGGCCGCCUCAUCGCUGCCGGCUCCCACUCCGGCCUCGUCCAGGUCUUCGACGCCAAGUCCCGAAACCCCCUCCGCCGCCUCCGCGGCCACUCCCGCCCCGUCCACCUCGUCCGCUACCCCCGCAUCGACAAGCUCCACCUUUUCUCCGGCGGCGAUGACGCCAUCGUCAAGUACUGGGACGUUACGUCCGAAACCCCAAUUGCUCAGUUCAUCGAGCACAAAGAUUAUGUUCGGUGCGGCGAUGGAUCGCCUGCGAGUGACGAUAUGUUCGUUACGGGGUCGUAUGAUCAUAGAAUCAAACUUUGGGAUGUUAGGGUUUCGAGUGCUAGCUCGGUUAUGGAGGUCAAUCAUGGAAAACCGGUAGAGGAUGUAAUUUUCUUGCCUUCCGGGGGGUUAAUUGCUACUUCUGGUGGGAAUUCUGUGAAAAUUUGGGAUGUGAUUGGUGGUGGGAAGUUACUCUAUUCAAUGGAGAGUCAUAAAACUGUGACUUCGAUUUGUGUAGGGAAGAUUGAGGAUAGAGGUGAGGAGGCUCAACAAUAUCGUAUUUUAAGUGUAUCUUUAGAUGGGUACAUGAAGGUUUUCGAUUAUGCAAAAUUUAAGGUUACUUAUUCCAUGAGGUUUCCAUCGCCACUUUUGUCAAUUGGGUUCUCUCCUGAUUGUUUGACUAGAGUUAUCGGCACUUCAAAUGGGAUAAUAUAUGCUGGGAAGAGGAAAACGAAAAAAAAUGUGGGGUCUGAGUUGGGGAAUUUUGUGGGUUUGGGUCCUAUUGAGGAGCCUCCAAAGCGGGUUUUGAGGCCUUCGUCUUUCAAAUAUUUUCGUCGUGGCCAAAAUGAGAAGCCUUCAGAAGGGGAUUUCUUGAUUAUGAGGCCAAAGAAAGUGAAACUGGCAGAGCAUGAUAAGUUGUUAAAGAAGUUUACGCACAAGGAAGCUUUUGUAUCGGCAUUGAGGGGGAAGAAUCCGGACAUUGUGGUGGCUGUUAUGGAGGAAUUGGUGGCGAGGAAGAAGUUGUUGAGAUGUGUUUCAAAUCUGGAGACAGAAGAACUUGGUUUGCUGUUGGGUUUUUUGCAGAAGUACUCAACAAUGCCAAAGUAUGCAGGAUUGCUGUUGAAAUUGGCAAAGAAAGUUCUUGAAAUGAGAGCUGAAGAUGUUAGAUCUUCUGAUGUCUUGAAAGGCCAUAUUAGAAACCUAAAGCGAUCAGUUGACGAGGAGAUAAGAAUACAACAGUCAUUGCAGGAGAUACAAGGCAUACUUUCCCCUUUACUGAGGAUUGCUGGGAGGCGAUAAAUGAGGAGCUUUUUUUUGUAACUUACCCGGUAUUUUUAAUUUUUGUUUAUCUGCUUGGUUUUCUUUCAAGAUGAUAGUUAUGCAGUUUUGUUUUAUCAGAAUUUGAUAUUUGUUUCUCUUUUUAGUUUUUGUGCCUUGAAGGCAAUCUGCUAGAAAGCUAAGGCUAGGGCAUGCCCUUGUUUUGGUUUGUCCAAUUAUUGUUUUAUUGCUAAAUGAAAACAUUUCUUUGUGGUAUGCUUGUUCUUACUA